AUGUUGGCUUCAUUAAGAACCGUUAGGUUCACCAGACAUUUCACCUCUGUCGCAAAGGCUUUGAAUGCCAAAGCCCCUAAGCCGCUUGAGCUUAAGAUGAGGAUUGAGCCAAUCCCCAGACCAAACGAACCGUUGGAAACCAAGAGAGCCAGAUUGGUCUACCAAUCCAGAAAGAGGGGCAUUUUAGAAACCGAUCUCUUGUUGUCUCAGUUUGCCAAGUUGUACUUACCGUCCAUGUCUAUGGAGGAAAUGGUAGAAUUCGACCAGUUAAUGGACGAAGCUGAUUGGGAUAUCUACUACUGGGCCACCAAGAAUUACACUGUGAACCCGAUGCCUCAAAAGUGGCAGGAAAGUGCACUCAUGAUGAAGUUGCAAGUUAUGAGCGAAAACAAGGAGAAGAGACUCUUGAGAAUGCCUGAGUUGCAUGACAUCAAAAACUAG